AUGGGUAACAGGAAAGAUAUGAUCAGUAACUUACCUGAUUAUCUUCUUCAUGACAUUCUUUCUUUACUCCCAACCAGAGAUGCAGUGGCGACUUCCGUUUUAUCAAAAAGGUGGAAGUACUUAUGGACUGACUUAUCUGUCUUUAAUUUUGAAAAUGAUCUGCCAAUAGUCAGCAUGGAAGAAGACCAAGUAUAUUGCCUUUUAGAUCAAGUGCACAGACUACUUCAUCAUUCUAAUUAUGUAAAAAGUCUCGGUGUCAUGUCUUUUGGGGUUGCCAUUGAUGAGGAUAGAGUUAAUUCUCUUAUAUCUGCUGUAGUGAAGCACCAAAUCGAAGAGCUUAAGCUUUCCCUACUUGUAAAUCAGUUUGUGUUACCCAAUUGUUUCUCGGCCUUUGAAUCAUUGACUGAGCUGCAUUUAGAACUGGGUUGUGUUCUAGAUGUUCCUAGUGGCAUUCGUUUCCCUAGCCUGAAGACAUUCAAGCUUUCACGUGUUACCUUUGCAAAUGACAAGUCAGUUCAACAACUUUUCUCUGGGUGCCUUGUCCUACAAGAGUUAACCUUGUUUAACUGUAAUUGGAGUAAAAUCGAGCAGACUAGCAUAACAACUCCCGCAUUAAAGAUAUUAACCAUAUUUUCGGACCUUCGAGUAAAUAUGAUGCGUUCUACAGUCAGGAUUGAUGCUGUGAAUCUUUUAUAUUUCAGUUGCACGGGCUAUACACUAGUAAAUUUUCUCCUUGUUAACACGGCCUCCAUAGUUGAUGCACAUGUUGAAUGUUGA